GAGUGCACUGUUCAUGUGCAUUGCUGGAGUUCGGCGUCAUCUGUUACGUGAUGAGUUUUGUUUGGUUACAACCUGUUGAUAUGUACUAAUAUACAUCGCAAUUCUUUGCGUUAUUUUAUGAGAGUAUAUUGUAUCCUAGUUCUUAUAUUAGUUUCAAUACAUUUGGUGGGAAGAAAGUAAAAGAUAUUCGUUGUGAAAUGAGUGAUUCUGGAGACAAUAUUAAAUAUAAAUGGACCCCUGAAAGUACUUCGCUCUUAGUAUCGGUGUGGUCGGAUAGGCAAGUGCAAAAACAACUUGACUAUGCUUCGAAGCCACAACUUGUUUGGGAAAAUAUUGCACGAUAUAUAAAAAAGAAAGGAUAUAAUGUCUCAGGUAAACAAUGUCGAUCACGAAUGAAACAGGUCUUGGUUUGUUACCGUGAAGCCAAACGAGCUGGUACUCGCGCUGGUGUAGAGCAAUAUUAUGAAUCAAUUGAUAGAGUUCUUAAAAAUAAACGUAUUGAAGAAAAUAUUAUUGGCAUAGAUACUGUGGAUGCAACAAUAAAUGUUAAGUCUCCUCCAAAGGAAGUAAAAACGAGUAAAAAUUUGCAAGUGAGACAUAAAAUUCAAGAGCCUGUACCAUCACUCCAUCGUACAGAAGCAUUAUCACCUACAUGGACAUUAGGACGUGAAAAUGAAUAUCCUGAUUCUCCUGAAUCAAAUGAAACUAUAAUAGCACGUCCUUAUAGAGUCUUUUCUCCAACAAGGGAUGUAGCUAUCAAUACUGGUGAACAGUUAACUCAGAUAGCUGUUAAAUCAACACAGUGCAAUACUUUUCCAGUAGAAGAAUCAUUAAAUGUAAAUUGUAAACAAAAUUUAGUACCAGGUUAUAAUUAUGGAGAAAUACCUUUCCAAAAUACGGUACAAAAUGUGCAAAAUCAAAUAAUCCAAGAAAAUAUGCAGCAUAAUUUGCAACAGAAUCAUAUGUGCAAUAAGCAGAACAUUUUAGUGAAUAACUUAAAUCUUGAGCAAAAUCUACAAAAUUUAAAUCAAGGUUUAACAGCACAAUCUAUAAAUGUACCAAUGCAACUUAGUUCAAUGACAAUGCAAAAUCCUAAUGUAGAACAUGUAAUUCAACAACACAAUCAGUUGCAAUACUUAGUAAAUACAAAUAAUCGUGCAAUGCCUCAGGAACCACGAAAAACUGUGCUAGAUCAGGCUUUAACAAAUAUGUGCAAACAGCUAUAUGGCAAUUGUUCAGCUCAUAUACCUGUUGUAGAAGAUACAAAACGAAUUGGAUCUUUGUCCCCAGAUUAUUCACCAGAUGUAUCUCAAAAUUUAAAUGAUGCUUUCUAUCAAUCAAAGAGUGAUGGAAAAUCACCCAAUUUAAAUAAAACUUAUAAUACAAUUACGCAAACUACAAACUCAUUAAGAGUACAAAAUCCUGAGAUUUCUGUGAUUACAAAUAACGCAACAUAUAAUGAUGAUAGCUUGUUAGAAUUUCUGAUAGAUUCACCAACUCCAUCCGAAAAUGAUAAUAAAUCAAAAGAUAGUACCGUCAAUACAGAUAAUAUCCCGGAUGUACCAUUAAGAAAAAAGAAAACUGAGAAAUUAGAGCAACUCGUGUUAAGUGCCAUUAACUCUCAAAAUGAAGUUGUUAAUAAGAUACUUACAGCACAAAACGAUAUGGUGACAAAAUUUCUAGACAUAGAUAGAAACCGUCAAAGUAGGCUUGAAAAUCGUUUAGACGAUCUAUUAAAAGUUGUUCAUGCUUCUAUACUUACAAAGCAAACUUCAGAAGGAGAUAUCGAAAUACCUCCACCACCACCAGAACCUACGAUAACAUCCUUAGUACCUCCUCCACGACCUGGUGUUGCACCUCCAAAGUUAGAUCUAGUUCCUCCAAAACCUUGUCGUGUACCUUGUACAAUACCAAGUUCGAACAUUGAAUUGAUUAAUCAAAAUACGAUAGUAACAAGACCAGGUGUAGUAUCACCUUUAACUAGUCCAGUGAAGAAACCUGGUACUAUAUGGUCAAAAUUGGGACCAGUAUCACAAUCGCCUUUUGUGAAAGCUCAGCAGCGAUUAGGUUUACAAACAACUACAUCUAGGGAAACACGAACUCAAUCGUCUGCGGAGAGACGUAUAGCUAGGGAAGUGGAGAAAGCCAUGGAUAUAGAAACGUUGAUAUUUGAAACUAAAAAUUUCUUGAACAUGGAGAAAGAACUAGAGGAGAAAAUAGAAAACGCUCGCCUUGAAGCAACAAUAAGCCAAACUUUACAUUCACGUAGAAAAUUAUUUACUCAAAGAGAACCCACACCAGCAAUGAUAUUAACUGCGGCAUUUUUAGAGAAUGAAUGCCGCACAGCUGAACAAUUUAUAAGUUGUUCUAAUAUGUCAAAUAUAAAUAAAAAAAAAUUAAGAGAUAUCGAUGAUGAUUUAUUGGCGGGUCAAGGUGAAAGUUAUGACCGUCUACGGCAAUUCGAUAUAAAACCUAUUUACAUUCCUGACGAACCUUGUGAUACGUCUACGCCAGCAAAAAUAGGAACCAUUUCUAGUAAUCAUGAAAAAACAUCCAUACAAAUGGUACCCAAACAAACAAUUCAACAGUUAGCUCAGCUUGUAAUGAAUACAGGAAGAUGGAAAGAUGCUGGAGGACAAACUGGACAACAAUACCUUGGGCAUUUAGUUCAGCCAAAUACACAUAAACAUCAAAUUAAUACACAAAAUGUACCUCCAACUUUUUAUAAUGAGUUAUACACAACGGGGCAACCUAAAACUAUGUCCAAAGAAAUUCAAACAAAAAAUGAUCAAAACUAUGUUCAAGACUGGAUGUUAAAUAAAUAUGAAGACCCAAUAAACGAACAGCAAAUAACAUAUGGUCCUUCUUGCAACGUAACAAAUCAAAAGCCAAACUUUCCUAUAGGUUUUACAAGAUCCAAUACUGAAAAUUUAAAGCGAAAGGAUUCUAAUAGCGAGAUGUGCAGACCCCUUGAAUUCAAUAGCAAUGUUAUAUCAGAUCGUAAACAGAGCGUGCGUUUCAUGGAUGAGGCGUUGGCUGAAUUACAGCGUAUGUGUAUUGAAACAAUGUCUAAAGAACAACAAACAAUGAAUGAUAGCUUGCCAUAUGUGUUGAAUAAUCCUAAUACACUUCCAACUGAGAAUCGACAGAUGAUUGAAAAAUAUAUUCAUGAUUUAAUCCCAAGAAAAUUGAAAGACAAUAAAGACAAAGAUACUGAUUCCGAUAACGAUGAUGAAUUUUUAGAUACUACUACUAGUAUGCCUGCGAUUGUAUCACGUCGAAAUUCUCUUACAUCAACUGGUACUGCAUCUACUGAAAUUGCACAUUCCAUAAAAUUCCCAAAACCAGAAAAUUGCGUAAUAAGUUAGUUAUACAAAUAAAUAAUAUAUUUCUCGCUUUGCUUCCAUUUUAUACAGUAGUUAAAUAACAAAACGUUCAUAAACAUUCCUAACUAUUAUUAUAUUACCAUCUAAAAAGAAAAUAAAGUAUUAUUUUCUUUAUCAAUUUGUUAAUAAUAUAAGAAAAGAAUAAUAUCUUUGAAGUAUGAAAUAUAGUGCAUACUUGAUUUAUUCAAUUUACGUAAAUUGUGCAAUAUAUUUUUUUUCUAAAAAUUAUAAAAGAUGCAGAAUUAAAACAAAAAAAGAUACUUUAAUGAUAAGGCAAUUAUGUUAUUCAAUAGUUGUUUUUAUGAGAAGAAUAAAUCAAGCUUUUGUUAAGUCAAAAAAUAUUCUUUUUCCACACUUAUUACUGUUACGCUUUCAUCAACAUGUUCAAGUUAUCAUGCAAGUCAUUGGAUAAAAAUCAUUCCUAUUGAACGUUAUUAAGUAAACUAAAUUGUUUAAAGUUUCUAUUACUUUUUAUCAUAUACAUUAUAUAUUAUUUGUUACAACUUGAUUAGUUUAUUCAGCAAAAUUACAUAAUAUUAAUAAAUUCUUUUAUAUUGUUAAUUUGCGUUAAACUUUCGGUUCAUUGGUGUGACCUGUAAAUAAUGAUAGAUUUCAAGAAUUUCUGUCUUUCUAUUAUAACAUAGAACGAUGUAGAAGAUAAAUGGGCGAUCGAUUCUGAAUCUUGGAAUUUCAAUUAUAAGAUUGAUUAUUACAUCCCUAUUACUUGCAUCCCUACUACAAAAUUGUAAAAUAAUAAAUUAUAUAUACGAGACAACACGUUAACAAUAUAAAAGGAAAGCAAUGUUAAUAAGAAAUGUCGGAGUAAUUUUAACAUACUUUCUGUUAAAGCAGGUACAUUUAAUUUGAAAUACAAAAUUGCGAAAAGUA